GGCGGAACCAAAUGAUGGUCAGAAACGGGUAGCGUCGGGCAACAAGGGCAGCUGCGCAUGAAGCUGGCUUGCCCUGAAGAAGGCUUUCGCGAGAAACAGAUCAAAACGCUACACGUUGCCUUUUUCUCUCAUACGUUUCAAAAAACACCUUGUUCCUCUCUUUUCCCACCUCUAUUUCCCCUUUUCUUUUAUUUUUAUGCUUUGUUCUCCGUUUAUUACUAAAUGUUUCGCCGGAGAUGAUCGGCAGUUGUGAUGAGAAGCUACGGGGAAAUUUUUAUUGGAUAAUACUCAGUUGGACGAGAUGUUCGUUAUUUACUGAGAACUUUCAAUGACGGAGGUUUAUAGGAGAAUGCUGAGCGAAGACGAUGAUGAUUCGCCGGCCAAGUGCCGGCAACGACGGCGCCGGAGGAUCCAGAUGAGGAGGCUUGCGGCAAUUUCAGUGUCUAGUACGGCGGCGUUUCCGAGUCAGAGACAAAGGGAGGAUCAUGCAGAGAGCUCAGGUUGCUUUCCGGAGGGGAAGCGACUACGUAUGGGGGAGGCCAGCGGUCUGCUAGCGACUGUCACCAUGUGUACUUUUUCCGGCGAGGAGGUUGAGCCGACGGCCGGGGAGCGGAAAGUGACUAUGACGAAUGGGCCUGUGUUCGGGACGAUGUCGAUUUCUGGGAGGUCACGUGAGAUGGAGGAUGCCAUUUCUGUACGGACCAGCUUCUGCCGGCCCGAUGUUAAUCUUAAAAGACCUGUGCAUUUCUUCGCUGUUUAUGACGGUCAUGGUGGCCCUCAUGUGGCAGCACUGUGCAGGGAAAAGAUGCACGUGUUCGUAGAGGAAGAGUUGAUGGGCGUGAAGUGCACAGGAGAGAGCGAGUGUGGGAGAGACAGCAGCUCACAAGAGGAUGAGCACGAAGAGAGUUGGAGAAGAGUGAUGAAGAGGAGCUUUGAGAGAAUGGAUGAGGUGGCAAUAAGCACUUGCGCAUGUGGGAUUGUGGGGCACCAGUGUGGGUGCCACUCAAUGGAGGUGGCCCUCGGUGGGUCCACCGCCGUGGUGGCCCUGUUAACGUCGGAGCACAUCGUGGUCGCAAAUUGCGGGGACUCACGCGCCGUCCUCUGCCGCGGCGGGAAGGCCGUACCUCUAAGUGUCGAUCACAAGCCGGACAGAUCAGAUGAGCUUGCACGAAUUGAAGCUGCCGGAGGUCGGGUUGUCUUUGUAAAUGGAGCACGAGUUGAAGGCAUUCUUGCUAUGUCUAGGGCAAUAGGAGACAAAUACCUGAAACCGGUUGUAACAUCAGAACCCGAGAUAACAUUUACUAAGAGAGAACCAGAGGAUGAGUGCUUAAUUCUUGCAAGUGAUGGUCUGUGGGAUGUUCUGUCUUGUGACUUGGCUUGUGAAGUGGCUCGCGAAUGUCUUAAAGAAGGAAGUAAUAGUGCUACUGCUUCUGCAUUGAACCUCAAUGCAGGACCGAACAAAGAAGAUGAAGGGGCUGAAACAUUGUAUCCAUCUCGAAGUGUUCUUGCUGCUGCACUGCUUACUCGCCUAGCUUUGGGACGAAAAAGUUCUGAUAACAUUAGUGUCAUUGUUGUUGAUCUAAAGGAAAGUUGAGGAGAAACAGAGCUGAGGAAACGCAAUGUAUUACCUUGGAAAUGCCCAUUAGUGUCAAUGUAUUUCAUAUGAACCUGGUAAAUGUCUCAUGAUGAUAAAACAUGCACAGAUAAUUGUAGUUGCAGAGUAAUAUCCUUGCAUAUGUAUCAUAGAAUUGAAAUGACUCUGAUUUUAUGAUAGGAUAUGAAAUGGCAAAGGUUGAGAGAUGCAUAUGGAAUUGUCCUUAUAUCCUGAGAGAGCCAUAUGAUCAUAACUUCAUAAUGGAAGGUGUAGCUGCUUCAAAUUGUAACAAUAUCUGCAACCUAACCAACUGAUGAGUCUUGAUUUUUGGGUGCCUCAUCAUGGUACCAAACAA